GACAUUUUGACGAAUAAAAACAUUUGACAUUUACAUAUCCCGCAUAAAAUGAAAACAUAAAAAAAUAUUUUUUCAAAAACAUCAAUUUAUCUAAUAGAUCGAUAUUAUGAAAUUGGUAUACCGGCUAUAAGAAUGUGUGCUUUCACCGUACAAAAUAUAUUUUCGUUAGCAUGUCGCGACCGGUGCAUGGCUAAGUUGAGGACAUUGAUUCCUCUUCCUUCACACGGUAAACCCCCUAAUUCUACAGCCGCUGUACUAGUGCCGCUCUGCCGGGUCGAAGGAGUACCUUCUCUACUGUAUACUGUGCGAUCCGCAACUUUUCGACCAGACGUCAUCUACAGCGGACAAAUAACAUUCCCAGGAGGCAAAUGUGAAAAAGACGAAACGGCCGUACAAACCGCUUUGAGAGAAACUAAAGAGGAGCUAGGCCUACCCUCUGAAAAGAUAAAUGUAUGGGGCCAAGGUCCAGCUAUUCCCAGCCAAACUAACGAGUUCAUGAUCACACCAGUCAUCGGAGCCCUUCAAGAAUUAAAGCCGACAGACUUGAUGAUCAACAUAAAUGAAGUUGCUGAAGCUUUCACUGUUCCCAUAGCCCAUCUUUGUGACCCGAAGAACCAAUUUUAUACGCAAUUCAGCAAUGGCUACAUCUUACCUGUGUUUAUUGCUGAAGAUUACAAAAUCUGGGGAAUCACCGCGUAUAUUACACACGCGUUUUUGACUUGUGCUUUGUCGAAAAACGUUUAUCAUAAUGAAUGGCUAAAGAAGAAAAUUGACAUCAAAAGUGAAUAGAAGAAUAUAAUGCCUACCUUUAUUUUAAUGUGAUCGUAUUUAUUAAUCCUGUAAGAACCUUAAAAUUACACGCACAAUAAAACGCCAGAUUUAAAAAUGUUUUUAUUGGUAGAAAAGCUAUCAAAUAUCACCAUUGAGCUGCGUAUUAUAGCUAAUUUUAUAAAAGUAUUGCACUUACAUUAAUACUUCAUAAUAAUAAUAGGCAAGGCACUGCUAAGCAAUAAUAAAUAUAGAAUUGAUAAGAAAACCUAUACACAUACCUCAGAAAAGGAUAGUAAAUAUUAAAUAUGAUUGACACUUCUUGCACGGCUUCUUGUGCCGUGAUAUAGGAACAAGCUUUCAGGGAGUAGUUUUAAGUUGGUACCCCCUGUACCAUGGAAGUUGUGCACUAUCGUGAGGAGAAUGUCUUGAAAACUAAAUCAUAAUGUAGACAAAACAGGUGCCCGAUAUCUAUGUGUAAUUAUGUGUAGUAAGCCUGCACUUUUGAAGAUUCCUAAAUAAAAAAUAAAAUAAAUAAACCAUAGUAAAAUAAAUGGCAAAGGAAAAUAAAAUAAAACUCAAACAAAAAAUAAUAAUAUUUAUCCAGGUUUAUUCCUUAACAUUUACAUUAUAAUCUAGUUAAUAUUUUAUACAUUGUCCAAUCGACAUGUUGAUCGUCUCUCGCCCUUGUCUCUGUGUGUACUGCUUAAUGAAUUGAUAUUAAGUUAAUAUAUUUUUCUAAUACAAUCAAUUGUAUGAGAAAGACAUAUUCCCUAACCGGAGAAUUCCAAAAUUUAUAUUAAAUAGGUGGUCCAACUUAAAGCCUCACUUUAUCAUUCUAUUGUAAUUCUCACACAUAAAUAAACAAAAACAUAAAUAAUGAUAUUUGUAAUUAAAUAUAAAUGAAAAAUAAGUACUUAACGUAAAUCUACCUUUAAAAAGGUAACCUUGAGGCAGGCAAGAGCACUCACAAAAUGCUACUUAUUGGUAUAAAAACGUAAAUAAUUGUAAAUUUAGAAUCGACGCAGGAUACAAAAUAAGGCAGAGGCAUUUAAAACAAAAUGGCGGUGAAAUUGUCUCAACUUCUAACCUAAUCACUAAUCUAGGGGAGUCCAAAAAAGAACAAAUAAAAUGAAUACUGUAAACCAAUCUUAUAUCUACCGUGAAUAUACAUACAAUACGAUAUAACUGAUCGCCUAUUCGUUGUGUUUGAACACUCAUCUAAUAACUAUGUUAUUCCGUGAUGAAAGAACUGAAACAUUUUCGUACGGACAAAGGUACACGCGUCUACAUAUUACGGUUUGUUAGAGUCAGAGCUAAGGUUGUCGCACAACUAUUCAUCGUCUGGUUGCUUAUCUUACCCAUUGCCAAAUCGACCUUUUCAUCUACGUAAGAAGGUUCUAAACACCUCGAUUGAUCGCUACAAGAUUCCACGUUGCUAACAAGGCGAGCUGAUGCCAGGUCGAUUGAUAAAUGUGCGACGACCUUCAAUAACUUCACUUGAUUUGUUCAGCACCUCUGCCGGGCGUUUAUACAGCAAU